CGCCCAACCGUUCGACUCCACAAAGUAUCGGCGCUGCAUUGUACGGCAAAACGAACUCUCGUCUCCUGCGGAUGGGAGGAGUGAAAUACAGUUUCUUUUUUCCCCAACUGAAACCAAAGCUUAACUAAACAAACGGCACAUCAACGCCACCUCACAGAAAAGCAAACAUGGCAUUGCUUGGUAAUAUGUCUGCGCAGGAUAUCAGCGACCUGUUGGACGAGUACGGGAUAAAACAUGGCCCCGUGGUCGACUCCACCAGAAGUCUGUACGAGAAAAAGCUGAAAGAAGCCAUGGCCAAAGGGAAAAAAGCGAAACCAUCGCCUGAUAAAACUUUCUACAGAGAAGAAGAGGAGGAAGUCACCUAUGUUUACAGGACACCAGUCAGGAGCGAAGGCUCUGGAGACAGUGGGGCUUACCUGAGGUCCAGACCAGAGUGGGAUGAACACGAGACGUCCUACUCCAGCUACUCCAGGUCAAAGCCGGAGUACGGAGGGAGGGACUUUGUUGACGAGCCCCAUUUGUACAACACAUCCUCCACUUUCAGAAACUCCCAUCUGAAAGCAACUCCCAUGAAAUCGGGUCAACAAGAUGCUCCAAAGGCUCCACAGUCUCGUCUCAUCCCACUGUGGGUGCAGUUUGUGUUCUUCCUGGCCGUCGCUGCCUUCCUGUACUUCGUUUUCUCCAACAUGGAGACAAAUGAAUCCCUCAAAGUCAUAGCAUGAUCCUGAAUUCAAACGAGGGAGGUUAUGCUUAACUUUUCAUUACACAUAGACAUUUUUUUGUAAAACUCUGCUGAAGGUGUGAUUUAUGCAAUGUGUGUGUUUGUGACUGAAGUCUGCUUGCUACUGCUGACCUAUGCUCACUACAGCCGCCCCUCCUGUAAUCAGCGUCCACUAAAGCUUUCUUUGUGAUGUGAUGUGUGGGGAAGCUGCCCCCCCCCCUUCAGGCAGCUGCAGAGUGAUCUGACACAGUGCACAUCAGCGGAUUAUCAAAAUAAUUCCCUGAGUGUCAGUUAAGUUUGGGGGAGGGGGGGUAAAAACAUCAUUUUGUAACAUCAAUUCAAUGUUCAGAGCCAUUUGAAGUAACUCUGACAGGGUGGGGAAAUACCGGGUGACUAACGUUUCACUCAAAUAUCUGCGAUGAUGACUCAUUUAAAAAGGCUUAAGAGUGGACUUUUUUUCUUUCUGUGCAUCGAAGAUGCAUUGAGGGUUUUAAAUUCACAAACACCAGAUUUGUGGGACUGUGCGUCUUAGGCCAAAAGACUUAAGUGUUUUCUUAAAGAGAUUUGAACAAAUUCUUGUACUUGAUACAUUUGAUGCUUCCUGUUUCCUAAAAUAUAUCAACGAAUUGCAGGUUUUGAAUGAAAGUGCCUGAUUAUAUUAUUAAUAAUCGGAGUGCAUUUGUAAAUAUGCAUCACCUUUUGUAUUCGACAUUUAAAAUGCACUAUACAUGCUGUAAUGGUGUGGCUUGUUUUCCUCUCAAUAUGAUAUCACAUUUUUUAAACAUUUUGGAGUGUUUCAUUGGAACUAAGUUACUGUGUUUCUUUAAUUAAAAAAAUAAAGAAAUUAUAUACAUUAACUUCAAAUUAUUUAUUUAA